CUUUCGCAACGGUUCCACUGAAACUGCUUUCGGGCGUUCGCCUUCAAGCUUCGCGCGGCAUUACCGCCGUCCCGCGUUCUGCAAGCUUGACCCCAGGCGCCAGGACUAUGCUAGAGGUCGCGUUAAAACAGGGCGUCGCAGCAGCGGGCGCGGCAGUUGGAUUUGCGUGUGCGUCGCCUGAGGACGGGCCAGCUGCUACUGCCGCUGGCGGCAGUAGCGGACAGACGCUGGCAGUCGCCACGCCCCCAGCGGCGGCGGCCGCCGCCCGCCGCUCCAAACGCAUCGCAGGCCUCAGCACCCCUGGCACCACCACCACGACCACCACAACCACCACUGCUGCUGCAGCUGCUGAGGCGGGCCCGCUGCUCCCCGCCACCCCAGUGCCGGCGGCGCCGCCACGCGCCACAGCGGGAGCGGCCACGACCCCCCCGGUGACGACCACAGCAGAGCAGGCAGUAGCAGGAGCAGGAAGGCCGCGGCGGGGGCGGCCGCCGAAGCGCCCGCGCCUCGAGGCGGCAGAGGCAGUAGCAGGCGUGUCAGCCACGACACCGGCAGGAGCAGCGGCAGCAGAAGCAGCAGUAGCAGGAGGGACGGCAGUAGCAGGAGCAGGGGCGUCAGGGGUGGUGGCGGCGGCGGCUGCUACAGCCCCGUCCCCGGCUCUGCGCAGUGUGUCAGACCUGGAGGCGGCGGUGGCGCACCUGCGGCGGGUCGACCCACGUCUGCAUGGGCUCAUCGACGUCCACGGCCUGCCGCGGCCGCUCAUUGCUGUCCGCUUCAAUGCCGGAGGCAGCGGCGCAGCGCCGGCUGCGGCGGCGUGCGAGGGCGAGGGCGAGGGCGGGCCAGCUGCGGCGGGUGCUACAGCUGGCGCUGCCACUGCUGCUGCUACUGCCGCGCAAGGGACUCCUACAGCUACCACCACAAUAGCAGCAGCAGUAGCAGCACCUGCUAUAGACGACGACUGGGACCCGGCGGCGGGCGGGACGGCGGGGGGAUCGAUGGGGGCUUCGGGGGCUGGCGGUGUGUUUUCUGCUCUGGCACGCUCCGUGGCGUAUCAGCAGCUGGCCACCAAGGCCGCCAGCACCAUCUGGGGCCGAGUGCUUGGCGUUUGCCAGGUGGGCAGCACGGCCGCGCUGACGCCCGCCCACAUCCUGGCGGCGCCGCCCGAGGCCCUGCGCGGCGCGGGGUUGAGCGGCCGCAAGCUGGAGUACCUGGUGGGGCUGGCGCAGGCCUUUAGCGGGCGGCCGGGCUGGGAGCAGGAGCUGGAGGCCCUGACCGACGUGGACGCUCUGGUGGCCCAGCUGACGCCCCUGCGCGGCAUCGGCGAGUGGACGGUGCACAUGAUCGCCAUGAUGCACCUGGGGCUGCCGGACGUGCUGCCCACCGGCGACCUGGGUGUACGGCGGGGGCUGCAGCUGCUGUACGGACUGCGGCAGCUGCCGGAUGUACGGCAGGUGGAGGAGAUCACGGCGGGCUGGGCGCCGUACAGGUCUGUGGGCUCCUGGUACAUGUGGCGCAUCCCCCCGCCGCCCCGGACAGCAGGCGGCGGCAGUAGCAGUAGCAAGGCCAAGGCAGUCGGCAGUAGCAAGCCUGCUGGCAAGGGGCGGGCUGCCAAGGGCAAAUAGAGCCGUGGAGGUGGAGAUGGUCAGUGCUGGACUUCGUUUGUGUAGAGCUGUGUGGGUUGUGAACUUAACCUCCAGCUGCUGGUGCCCAUUCGCAUCUACGCAUUUCAAUGCUAAAGCCGGUAGGGCCCGAGUGGAGAAGGAAUGCUCCCCAGUAUGACCAGGGGUGCUCAUGGCUUGAGGUACUCGAACACUCCGGCUGCGGUCAUAAGGUGAUUUACUGUUUAUGCAACGCAGCGGGAUGUGGAAAGACCGCCAAUAGUGGCAAUACACGCUGGAGCACAGACGCCGUGCCGUGCCUCCCGGCUUCGCCCCUGCUUUGUGAUGUCGCAUCGCUGUCGUACAGACGUACAUGCAAGCAGUCCAACUGUCGAGCUGCUCGGGUGGCGGCGGCAGGCUCACACUCCUCUGUACCGCCUUUCACUGGCUGGACGAGCUUAUGAAAACAAAGCAGGACGAACAAACGAAGUCGAACUGUAACCUCUUGCGUAG